AUCCUACCUUCUUUCAAUUCCAUAGUUUUUUUUUUCUUUUUUGCACAUCACAAAUGCUGCCUGUUGGUGUAUACAUUGCAGCUUUGUUUGUAGUAAGCAUUACCCAUUGGGUUUACAGAUGGAGGAACCCUAAAUGCAAUGGGAACCUUCCUCCUGGUUCUAUGGGUUGGCCGCUACUCGGUGAAACUCUACAGCUCAUCGCUCCAACACAAACGUUGGAUACUCCUUCUUUCAUCACGAACAGAAUAAAAAGAUACGGGUCUAUAUAUCGAACAAGUUUGCUUGGUGCGCGGGUUAUAAUAUCAACUGAUUCAGAACUUACUAAUAUGAUAUUGCAACAAGAUGGCCAAUCCUUUAAAGGGUGGUAUCCACCGAGCAUUAAAAGGUUAUUAGGGAGUGUAGGUAUAGCUUUAAUAGAGGGAAGCUUGAGUAAGCAUCUCAAGAGCAUGAUGCGCACUGUAGUCGGUCCCCAAAGCCUUAAAAAAGCAUUUUCCGAAAUUGAAAGUGUUGCAACAACAAACAUGGAGAAGUGGGCUAGCCAAGAAUCAGUGGAAUUGAAAACUGCAGUUGCAGAUAUGAUAUUUGAGUACAUGGGGAAGAAAUUGAUAAGUUAUGAUCCGGAGAAGUCGUCUGAGAAUUUAAGAGAGAACUUUGACUCUUUUAUACAAGGAGCAGUUUCACUCCCUUUGAGGAUACCUGGAACUGCUUAUUACAAAUGUCUACAGGGAAAAAAGAAGGUAAUGAUGAUGCUCAAGAACAUGCUAGAAGCAAGGCAGGCUAAGCCGAAUAAGGUCCAUAAUGAUUUUUUUGAUUAUGUUCUUGAAGAACUCAAGCAAAAUGAUACAAUCCUUACAGAAGAAAUGUCUUUGGAAUUGGUAUUUGGGCUAUUGAUUGUUAACUUUGAAACAAUUUCCCAAGCGAUAACAGUGGCAAUCAAGUUUCUAACUGAAAAUCCUCAGGCGUUGAAGGAACUAACGGAAGAACACAGAAAAAUCUUAGAUAACCGAGAAAACACGAAGGCUGGACUUACAUGGGAAGAGUAUAAGUCGAUGACAUUCACUUUUCAGGUUAUAAAUGAAACAUUAAGGCUGGGUGGCAUAGCUACAAUAAUAUUCAGGGAAGCAGUAAAAGAUAUCAAGUAUAAAGACUACACUAUCCCAGCUGGUUGGGUGGUAGCGGUAUGUCCCCCGGUUGUCCAUUUAGAUCCUGUCAACUAUAAGGAUCCACUUAACUUCAAUCCGUGGAGAUGGGAGGGGAUCGAGUUGAAAGGCGCGUCAAAGUCUUUUAUGGCUUUUGGAGGAGGCUUGAGGUAUUGUACUGGAGCAGAUUUCGCUAAAUUUCAAAUGGCUAUCUUUCUUCAUUGCCUGGUGACCAAAUAUCGGUGGAAACUAAUCAAAGGAGGAGAUAUUGUACGGACUCCAACUGUACAAUUCCCUAAUGGGUUUCAUGUUCAGAUCUUUGAGAAAGAGAAUAAGAUCCAACAUCUGAAUCAGUUAUGUUUAAUUAUCAGCUUUUACUUUAAUAUAAAAAAUAAGGAUUGUUUCAUCAGUGUUUGUAAUUCAUGUAUCUCUGUAUAAGGACUUUGUUGUUACAUAAUAUAAUAUAUAAUAUAAGA